AUGACGAACACACCAUCUCUCCUCCUUGCCUUACCUUCUUCGGCUCCAAAAAAAUAAAGAGAGAGAGAGAGAGAGAGAGAGAGAGAGAGAGAGAGAGAGAGAAGCCCUCAUCAGUACCACUGCGAUGACACUUCUGUAGCCUGUGACCACGGGUACAGACCAACUUCUGUCAACUUGAAUGAUCAAUAAUUAACGAUUUUUGGACCACACUUGCUCGACUGAGGACAACAAACAACUCUUACUCUUAACAACUAACUCACCAACCAACUACAGUCCUGUGAACAUUUCGUGGGUGCGUUUGUUUCCCUUAUGUCCCGAAAAUCGAGCGACAAUGACUAUAGUCUUCGUAGUAUGAGCAACCUGAUGGGUGAGAGGAAGAAGAAGGUGACCGAUGAUGGAGAGCGGAGCCUCAUCAAAGCUCCGUCCAACGCGAGCAUCAACAGCCAGGCUGUCCCUGCCAGUGCCGCUACCGCCACCUCCACCGGGGACCUGGAGAGAGAGGCGCGUAAACAGUUCCAGCAAGAUCUCACACCUGCGUUUGUUUAUGUUCUGGCCGCGUUCUCCGCGCUGGGUGGCUUUCUGUUCGGCUAUGACACCGGGGUGAUCUCGGGAGCGAUGCUCCUGCUCAAGAGGGAGAUGAAUCUCAGCGCCCUAUGGCAGGAGGUUCUGAUCUCUAGUACUGUGGCUGCAGCCGCGCUGUCCGCGUUGGCCGGCGGGUUCUUGAACGGAGUUUUCGGGCGCAGGGUCUGCAUCCUCCUGGCUAGUUUUACCUUCACAUCUGGGGGAAUAGUGCUUAGCGCAGCUCCCGAUAAGGAGGUUCUCCUGGUCGGACGUCUCAUUGUCGGGCUUGGACUUGGUAUUGCGUCCAUGACGGUGCCAGUGUACAUAGCUGAGACGUCUCCCCCCCACCUGAGAGGCCAGCUGGUGACAAUAAACACACUGUUCAUCACGGGAGGCCAGUUCACUGCCAGCAUCAUAGAUGGGGCCUUCAGCUACCUACGCCACAAUGGAUGGAGGUAUAUGUUGGGUCUGUCGGUGGUCCCUGCGGUGCUCCAGUUCGUGGGGUUUCUGUUCCUGCCAGAGAGCCCCCGCUGGCUGAUCCAGAAAGGCCUUACCCAGAAGGCCCGGCGCGUGCUCAGCCAGAUUAGAGGCAAUCAGAACAUUGACGAGGAGUACGACAGCAUCAAGAACAGCAUCGAGGAGGAGGAGAAAGACUGCGGAGGAGAUGGCCCUGUGAUCUGGAGGAUGCUGACCUACCCCCCCACACGGAGAGCACUCCUGGUGGGAUGUGGACUACAGAUGUUCCAACAGCUCUCUGGGAUCAACACUGUCAUGUACUACGGCGCCACCAUCCUGCAGAUGUCGGGAGUGCGGGAUGACAAGCUGGCCAUCUGGUUGGCCGGGGUCACAGCCUUCACCAACUUUCUGUUCACCCUCCUGGGGGUGUGGCUAGUGGAGAGGGUUGGCCGCAGGAAACUCACACUCGGGAGCAUCAUCGGAACAUGUCUGAGUCUGUCUCUGCUGGCCAUUGGGUUUCUGCUGUCUGCCCAACACACCCCUCCUGUCACCCUCCACCCCACUGACCCCUCAAUUGUCAACUCCACCUGCAACAGACACCUGCUGUGUGAGCCGUGUAUGCUGGACCCGGCGUGUGGCUUCUGUUACCGUGAGAACAGCACGGCUCUGUUCGCCUCAUCCUGUGUACCUGUCAAUACAGCCUCCACAGAGAAGGCAGCCUGGGGCAGGUGUUCCAACUCGACCCAGCUGAGAGUCCAUACGUACUGGGCCUAUAACUACUGUCCCACCUCCUACUCCUGGGUAGUCCUACUUGGUCUUGUUCUCUAUCUGGCUUUCUUCGCCCCAGGUAUGGGUCCGAUGCCAUGGACAAUCAACUCAGAAAUUUACCCCCUGUGGGCGCGGAGCACAGGGAACGCCUGUUCAGCUGGAGUCAACUGGAUCUUUAACUUCCUGGUCUCCCUCACCUUCCUCCAUGUGGCUCAGAACCUCACCUAUUACGGAGCGUUUUUCCUUUACUCCAGCCUGGCUCUGCUUGGGUUCUUCUUCAUCUACGGCUGUCUGCCUGAGACUAAGGGCCGGAGGCUGGAGGAGAUUGAGUCCCUGUUCGACAACCAGCUGUGCUCCUGCGGGGCCACGGACUCUGAUGAGGACCGGCAGGUGGAGUACAUCAGGGUGAAGGGGAGCAACUACCACCUCUCUGACAACGAUGCCUCCGACGUGGAGUAGCCCUAGCCUGUGUGCCAGUCUGUUUGUGCUUUCUUGCCAACUCACUGUCACUCAUUGUCAUGCCAAAUAAUGGCUUGAUGAUGACAGCCAUGGAGUUGGCAAGAGCACAAACAGAUCUGAGACCAGGCUAAAGUAGCCCAGUCUAGUUUGUAACUUUGGCCCUGGAUAUUGUCCCUGUUCUCUCAUCCCAGAAAGUGUGUAUCAAGUGACUCAGAGUAGGAGUGUUGAUUUAGGAUCAGUUUAGCCUUUUAGAUCAUAGUAAAUAAUAUUACAUGGACAGGAAGCUUGAUACAUGUACAUACAGCCUCUGAUCUGCAUCCUCCCCGAGUCCUGUUCUCUGGUUUGCCUCACAGUCACGUAGGUUACAUUGCUCCAUCUUUUUCACGGACAGGGUAGCUAUUUAUAACACAUGAGUUACUUACACAUUUGAUUUUGCCUAUGUAAUGUUGUAGAUACAUCUAUAGUUUGAUGAGAAUCUUCUUUUUGAUUUGAAAACCAUCAUGUGAAAAGUAUUAAGCAUACAUUACGUUCAUAUUUAUCCUCAGCAUUUAGACAUCCAUUUUACUGUUCAUCUGUCGCAUUAUUAUGAAUUUCCAUAUAUGUGAGGCAGACCAACUACGAUUAACGAUUAACUAUUGCCAUUUUCCUCUCAUAAAAGGUCCUGUGUGGCUCAGUUGGUAGAGCAUGGUGUUUGCAAUGCCAGGGUUGUGGGUUCGAUUCCCACGGGGGACCAGUACUGGAAAAAAAAUGUAUGAAAUGUAUGCAUUCACUACUGUAAGUUGCUCUGGAUAAGAGUGUCUGCUAAAUUACUAAAAUGUAAAAUAAAACCAUAUGAUUAGAGAUACAACCUCUUCACAACAAAACCUUAUUGUAGGAGGCCAAACAUCCACCAAAAGUGUUAAAUUCAGAGCGAGGGGUUGAAAUAUAUAUUGUUGAUACCAGUAUGCCUUUCUAUAUGAAACACAACUCAGUACAAUAUUGUCUCAGCUUGUCUGUAGCAUCACAAAUGGGGUGUCAGACACUAGUAGUACACCUGGGCUCUACGUCCCAAAUGGCACCCUAUUCCCUAUAUAGUGCACUACUUUUAACUAGAGCCUUAUGGGCCUUGGUCAAAAGUAGUGCACUAUAAAGGGAAUAGCAUGCCAUUUGGGAUGCAACCUGGUCUCCGUCUGAUGAUGAAGUUCAGUCUUGCUUUGCAGUUUGUUUAAUCAUGUUGGUUGUAAAGCUACAGUAGCACACGACCUGUCUCUGUUUUGUCAUUAGUAAACUUAUGAAUUAUGUUAUUUAUUCCAAUGUAUUUUACCCAUGAUGUCGGUGCCUGUACUGAAGUGAAAUGUAUGAAGGAGUUGACUAUAUGGCCAGCCAGCGUGAUGAUAGCAUUUUUUUUUCAGAAGUUGCACAAAUGUUUUUAUUGAUAAAUGUAGACUAGACUAUUCAUUGGGUUACUCAGUCCAUCAGAGAGAAUACCCAUACAUUGAAAUGGACAGUUUAGUCAGUUAAUGUUACACACAAUAGUUGCUCUUUGGGAAAACAAUGUCAGAAAGAAUGUCUUAUUUUGUCUCCAUUUUAUGUUGUGUCUUCCUCCACAGCCUUACGUACAAAUCGCAAUGCAUACUCUUCACGUGAAAGAGCUGGGGUUCUCAUGUUCUAAAGGUUCGAGGAGUACUGUACUGUACUGUACUUGCUAAUGUCAUUUUAUAUAUCGUUAAACUAUGUAAGGUGACACGUUUUUAGUUGAGUACUUGAGUACAAGAUUUGUGUGUAGCAGACUCUCGUUGAAAGUGGUCAACAUAACGUCGUUGAGAAUAUGUCUGUGUAUUAUUGUCUGUGACAAAACAAUAUAGAUAGCUACUAUUGUGAAUUCAAAUAGGAUUUUCUUUAGACUGAAAUGAAAUGACAGCAUUUCAAGGUAUCACUAGAUGUGUUUUGCCAGUUCAUUGGAACAACAGUAUCAAUAUUGGAUUAUUGAGUAUUUAUUAUCAAUAUUUGAGUAUUUGAUUAGAAAUGUGAUUAGAAAAGAGAGGAUACUAUAGGUAGACUAAACUGGGGGUUCACUUGAAGACAGAAUAACUUUUUGCUUUUAUUAUCACAGAUAGUUAGUUUUUUAGAGAAACAACACUUUAUUGCACAUCCCCUUCACAGAGGCGACAACAUUGUCGUCAUGUAACAAACAUGUAAAUGAGAUAGUGUCAAACAAGUUAUUUGAUGUGUUGUGAUUUUAGAAUGCACUUUGAUUUUAAGACGGUCACAACCGCUUGACAAACCCAUUGUGUUAUUAUUAUAUUGCCUUCUUUGCUUUAAUUCCUAAAUGGGGUCAUCCAAUGUGUUUAUGGUGAACGGGUGCAAUUUUUUCUAUGUGAAAACAAAUUAAAUGCAGUGUUUCUAUUCUAGGUUAUGAAGAAGAACUAGUGAAGAUUUAAAACAAAUAUUUAUCCAGCGCUGUAUAGUAUACAUUUGAUUAUUGUUGCUGUAAAUGUUUUACUAGAAUUUAUAUUCUAUCAAAGUAAAUAUAUUCAUGAGAAUCUUGAACACUUGAAUAUGUAUCGGGGAAAAAUAAAUAAAGUAAUUAUCUUG